AUGUACUUCUUUACUGCACAUUUCGGCCAUCCUCACCCAUGCUCCCCCGUGUUCCUUACCUGUGUUGCUAGCCCAUGUACUUUACCCAUUCCCUCCCCUUUUUCUCCCCUCCCCCAUCCCCAGGUGCUCUUUCCAACUGGAACCCCGACGACCCCGAACCAUGCAGCUGGACGGGCGUCGACUGCAACCCCUUCUCAUUUCUCCAUGUCCUUUUUCCUCGCUCUCCCAACACCCCUCCUCCCCAUCCCCAGGUGCUCUUUCCAACUGGAACCCCGACGACCCCGAACCAUGCAGCUGGACGGGCGUCGACUGCAACCCCUUCUCAUUUCUCCAUGUCCUUUUUCCUCGCUCUCCCAACACCCCUCCUCCCCAUCCCCAGGUGCGCUUGACAACUGGAACCCCAACGACCCCGACCCAUGCAGCUGGACGGGCGUCGACUGCAACCCCUUCUCUCGCCGCGUCACCUCCCUCUCCCUCCCCUACCGCACUCUCUCCGGCACCCUCGACCUCCCAGACCCGUCCCUUGCCUCCCUCUCAGACCUCCUCCAACUCUCCCUCCCCGGAAACUCCUUUCCAGGCUCCUUCCCCUCCGCCCUCUCCCGCCUCUCCUCGCUUCAAACCCUGGAGUUAGCAGAAACGGAGCUCUCAGGGGAAAUCCCGGGGAAUACCCUCUCCGCCCUCCGCCGCGUCGCCGUUCUAGACCUGCGCAAGAACGCCCUCUCGGGGCCAAUACCCCCGGAAAUCUCAGCUCUCAACUCCCUAAUCAAGCUAGACUUGAGAGAAAACGCCCUCUCCGGCUCCCUCCCUUCCGAAAUGCAGUCACUGGGACAGGUGCAGGACAUUUUACUUGACUACAACCAGCUAUCCGGUCCCCUCGCGCCAGCGCUCCUAGUCUCGCUCCCUAUCGUCCAGACCAUCUCGGUCCGGGGAAACGGGUUCGAAGGGGAGGUGCCGAAGGAAUUUGGGUAUGCGCAGCGGCUUUCGCGGCUGGAUUUGGGCGGGAACAGGCUGCAAGGGAGCAUUCCCGAGACGUUUGGGCAGAUGUGGAGUUUGACGUCUCUUCGGUUGGACUCGAAUCGGAUCGGGGGGACGAUUCCGUCAAGGCUGAAUACGCUGGGCCAGCUGCAGGUGCUGAUGCUGAACGGAAAUGAUUUGGUAGGGGAACUUCCCCGGUUUAAUGGGCUGGAGACCCGGGCGAAGCAUAGGUAUAAAGGGGUGCCUACUAACGAGGAUGCGGCUCUGAAAGCAGAAGCUGAUGCAGCAGCUGCGGCGGCAGCAGCGGGGGCGGCAGGCGGGGCAGGAGCAGGGGCUUAUAGCGGGCCAUACAGUAACGAGUAUGGAAUGGAGGGUACAGAGGGAGGAGGAGGAACGGGAGGAGAAGGAACAACAGGAGGAGGAGGAGGAGGAGGAGGAGGAGGAGGAGGAGGAGGAGGAGGAGGAGGAGGAGGAGGAGGAGGAGGAGGAGGAGGAGGAGGAGGAGGAGGAGGAGGAGGAGGAGGAGAGGGAGCAGCACUGCUAGGAGCAGCAGCAGCUGCAGGGGCAGUUGGUAUAGGCGCCGCCGCUGCAGCAGCAGCCGCCACGCGCUCAAAAUCAACAGAAGGAUCAGGCGAGGAUGACUCUAACGAGGAUAUAGCCAUAGCUGCCAUCGCAGGAGCAGGAGCAGCAGGGGGAGCAGGGGCGGAGGGCAGCUCGUCACUGGUAACCAUGUUUGACGGGCGGUCGGUGCGGGCAUCCGCGUUACUAGCUGCCACGGACGAGUUUGGCGCGAGCAAGAUGAUCACGCGGGGGCCGGGGCCGAGCGGGAGCACGGCGUUUGUGGCAGACAUGCUGGCGGAUGGCCCCAUGCUCGUGGCCAAGUUGUUACCAACAGUCACGGAGCAAGGGGAGGAUGGGGAGGAGUUUACGGUACCUAUGAACCUGAAUAUGGAGGAAAUGCGCGCGCUGGCGGAGAUCGACCACCCGAAUGUGCUGCCGCUGCUGGGGUGCUGGGAGGACGAGAUCACCGGCAGGCGCGUGCUGCUGUACGAGCUCAUGCCCAAUGGAGACUUGAAUGACUUCUUGUAUGAUGAGGUGAGAUGGGGCGGGCAUGCAAGGUGGAUGAUACGUGGGAGCCAUGUGUUGGGGUGCUGGGAGGGCAAGAUCACCGGCAAGCGCGUGCUGCUGUACGAGCUCAUGCCCAAUGGGGACCUCAACGACUUUCUUUAUGACGAGCUCGCCACCGAAUUUUUCGUCCAUGGAUUGUUCCACCCCUCACACCGUGUUCUCUCACCCCUCACACCGUGUUCUCUCACCCCUCACCCCGUGUUCUCUCACCCCUCACACCGUGUUCUCUCACCCCUCACACCGUGUUCUCUCACCCCUCACGCCGUGUUCUCUCACCCCUCACACCAUGUUCUCUCACCCCUCACACCGUGUUCUCUCACCCCUCACACCGUGUUCUCUCACCCCUCACACCGUGUUCUCUCACCCCUCACACCGUGUUCUCUCACCCCUCACACCGUGUUCUCUCACCCCUCACACCGUGUUCUCUCACCCCUCACACCAUGUUCUCUCACCCCUCACACCGUGUUCUCUCACCCCUCACACCGUGUUCUCUCACCCCUCACACCGUGUUCUCUCACCCCUCACACCGUGUUCUCUCACUCCUCACACCGUGUUCUCUCACCCCUCACACCAUGUUCUCUCACCCCUCACACCAUGUUCUCUCACCCCUCACACCGUGUUCUCUCACCCCUCACACCGUGUUCUCUCACCCCUCACACCGUGUUCUCUCACCCCUCACACCGUGUUCUCUCACCCCUCACACCGUGUUCUCUCACCCCUCACACCGUGUUCUCUCACCCCUCACACCGUGUUCUCUCACCCCUCACACCGUGUUCUCUCACCCCUCACACCAUGUUCUCUCACCCCUCACACCGUGUUCUCUCACCCCUCACACCGUGUUCUCUCACCCCUCACACCGUGUUCUCUCACCCCUCACACCGUGUUCUCUCACUCCUCACACCGUGUUCUCUCACCCCUCACACCAUGUUCUCUCACCCCUCACACCAUGUUCUCUCACCCCUCACACCGUGUUCUCUCACCCCUCACACCGUGUUCUCUCACCCCUCACACCGUGUUCUCUCACCCCUCACACCGUGUUCUCUCACCCCUCACACCGUGUUCUCUCACCCCUCACACCGUGUUCUCUCACCCCUCACACCGUGUUCUCUCACCCCUCACACCGUGUUCUCUCACUCCUCACACCGUGUUCUCUCACCCCUCACACCAUGUUCUCUCACCCCUCACACCAUGUUCUCUCACCCCUCACACCGUGUUCUCUCACCCCUCACACCGUGUUCUCUCACCCCUCACACCGUGUUCUCUCACCCCUCACACCGUGUUCUCUCACCCCUCACACCGUGUUCUCUCACCCCUCACACCGUGUUCUCUCACCCCUCACACCGUGUUCUCUCACCCCUCACACCGUGUUCUCUCACCCCUCACACCGUGUUCUCUCACCCCUCACACCGUGUUCUCUCACCCCUCACACCGUGUUCUCUCACUCCUCACACCGUGUUCUCUCACCCCUCACACCAUGUUCUCUCACCCCUCACACCAUGUUCUCUCACCCCUCACACCGUGUUCUCUCACCCCUCACACCGUGUUCUCUCACCCCUCACACCGUGUUCUCUCACCCCUCACACCGUGUUCUCUCACCCCUCACACCGUGUUCUCUCACCCCUCACACCGUGUUCUCUCACCCCUCACACCGUGUUCUCUCACCCCUCACACCGUGUUCUCUCACCCCUCACACCGUGUUCUCUCACCCCUCACACCGUGUUCUCUCACCCCUCACACCGUGUUCUCUCACUCCUCACACCGUGUUCUCUCACCCCUCACACCAUGUUCUCUCACCCCUCACACCAUGUUCUCUCACCCCUCACACCGUGUUCUCUCACCCCUCACACCGUGUUCUCUCACCCCUCACACCGUGUUCUCUCACCCCUCACACCGUGUUCUCUCACCCCUCACACCGUGUUCUCUCACCCCUCACACCGUGUUCUCUCACCCCUCACACCGUGUUCUCUCACUCCUCACACCGUGUUCUCUCACCCCUCACACCCCGAGCUCUCCGAAAACUCCCUCACAUGGGAUGCCAGAAGGCGCGUGGCUCUCGGAAUAGCCCAGGGAGUGGCACAUCUGCACACGCUCUCUCUCCCUCUCCCGCCUGGGUCCCAGCUCGCCCCCGACCCCCUCGUGCACGGGUCGCUGCACCCGGGGAACAUCCUGCUGGGAGAUGAUGGGGAGGCGAAGCUGACUGAUACUGCUGGGGCGCGCGUUGCGUUUGAUUCCGACGAUGUGCACCACGGGUCGCUGCACCCGGGGAACAUCCUGCUGGGGGAUGAUGGGGAGGCGAAGCUGACUGACACUGCUGGGGCGCGCGUUGCCUUUGACUCCGAUGAUGUGCACGUGGCUCCAGAAACGUUGGGAUACACGCCACCUGGCCCUACAACAGCCACACCAGAGGGCGACGUGUUCAGCUUCGGCGUGGUUCUCUUGGAGCUUCUAACAGGACGCCCGCCGCUCGACCCGUGGUUUGCGGAGAACGAGCUGGGGGACGUGAUAGGGUGGGUGAACGUGUGCGUGGAGGAGGGGGCGGCGGGGGACGUGUUGGACCCGCGUGUGGCGGAUAUAGCGGAGUGCGAGGGUGAGAUGCUGGAGGUGCUAAAGAUUGCGCUGGUGUGUGUGGGGGAGGAGGCGGAGGAGCGGCCGUCCAUGGAUGAUAUAGUGUCGAUGCUGGAGAGAGUGGGGGAUGAGGGGAGUGGGUAG